CCCACGGUGAAGCCACCCAUCCUUCACUCACCACAUCUCUCGCACAAGUUCGUCUCUGCCACCUCUCUAAAUUCUCCUAACACCAUGCAACUUUUCUCAAUAAUAUCGCCUUUUCUCGCAACCUUUCAUUCUCAGUUUGUUAUUCCCAUACCAAUACUACUCUUCUGCUCCUUCUUCCUUGUCCUACUACUCCUCCAAUGGCACCACCCACGACACAAGCGCCUCCCCCCCGGCUCAAUGGGUUGGCCAUACAUAGGAGAGACCCUCAAGCUCUACACUGAAAACCCAAAUUCCUUCUUCGCUAACAGGCAGAAACGGUAUGGGGAUAUAUUCAAGACCCACAUAUUGGGAUGCCCUUGUGUGAUGAUUUCAAGCCCGGAAGCCGCGAGGAUUGUUCUUGUGAGCCGAGCUCAUCUUUUCAAGCCAACUUAUCCGCCAAGCAAAGAGAAAAUGAUAGGCCCUGAGGCUAUAUUCUUUCACCAGGGGGCCUACCAUUCAAGGCUGAAGAAAUUGGUUCAGGCUUCCUUUCUGCCCUCUGCAAUAAAAGGGUCGGUGUCGGAGGUUGAGCGUAUUGUUCUCAGACUUCUUCCCACAUGGAAGAACUGCACCAUCAACACCUUGCAAGAGAUGAAGAGGUAUGCUUUUGAUGUGGCAAUGAUUUCUGCCUUUGGGAACAAACAAGACUUGGAAAUAUUUGAAGGAAUAAAAAGCUUGUAUCAAUGCCUUGAGAAAGGCUACAAUUCCAUGCCUCUGGAUCUGCCUGGAACUCCUUUCCGCAAAGCAAUGAAGGCGAGGAAGCUUCUGAAUGAGACUUUGAGAAGGCUAAUAGAAAAGAGAAGGGAAAGUGGGAGACAUGGCGGAGGCUUGUUAGGAGUAUUAUUGGGAGCCAAAGAUCAGAAGCUGACUGAUAUUCAGCUCACCGACUCUCAAAUUGCCGACAAUCUAAUCGGAGUAAUCUUUGCUGCUCAUGAUACAACGGCAAGCGUCCUAACAUGGGUUCUAAAGUAUUUGCACGAUAAUGGCAAUCUCCUAGAAGCCGUGACGAGGGAACAAGAAGGAAUUCAACGCAAGUUAGUAGAAGAAAACCGUGGGCUUACGUGGGAGGAUACUCGACGCAUGCCGUUGACUGGCCGGGUGAUUCAAGAAACGUUGAGAAGUGCAAGCAUAUUGUCAUUUACAUUCAGAGAAGCAGUGGAAGAUGUGGAGUUAGAGGGCUACUUGAUUCCCAAGGGUUGGAAGGUUCUGCCGCUGUUCAGAACGAUUCAUCACAGUGCUGAGUUCUUCCCCCGACCCGAAAAGUUUGACCCAUCAAGAUUCGAGGUGCCACCACGACCAAACACGUACAUGCCGUUUGGGAAUGGAGUGCAUGCUUGUCCAGGCAGUGAGCUGGCCAAGCUUGAGAUGCUAAUCCUUCUCCACCACCUCACCACCUCUUACAGGUGGCAAGCGGUGGGAGGCGAAGAAGGGAUACAAUAUGGUCCUUUCCCUGUACCCAAACAGGGUUUACCUAUAAAAGUAACCCUAAGGAAGUAGACGGAGCCGUGAUCGAGCAUGAGUUUUUGGGUUCUUGACGACGACCGAUCGAAAUGUUUUCCAGUGGGGACAAAAGUAACAUAUCCCCGGCCAUUGAGUUUUCUCUCUUUUUUUUUUUCUUUUUUUUUUUUUGUUGUUCUUUUUCAUUAAAUUUCCGUUUUGUUUUUUUUUUCUUUCAAAUUUGUCGUUGGGAAUCCUUCUUAAAUUGCAAGCUGUCUUGGGUUCAUAUUGUCUGGUACUUUAACGUAGGACGAUAGCUAGUCAGUGUCGUUGCAUUGUUAACGUGUGUAACGUACCGAUAUAUAUAUAUAUAUAU